CCCGAGCAUACUGAUCUAUUUACAGCUCCUCUACAUGUAAACACAAACGCACUCUGCGUUUCUUUUAUAUAUAAAAAGAUUGUGAUUAUUAUGUGUUCAUAUUUAUAUUUAUACAACUUAAAAUAGAUAGAUCUCUUAAUGACAGUUAACUGAGAUUCCAAAAUGAAUUUUGGUUUCAGUAGUGUCGUAAGGAGAACAUGCAGCGGUGCCCGUACCUGUACGAGAUGAAAGAAAGAUUGCUGGAGGACACCAUUCCCACGAAAAUAAUCAUGCCCAAGGAAGUACCGCCGCCGUGUCCGCCCCUACCCAAGGACCAACAGCCACUUAUACAACAAAAGCCCGUUGCGACCGUAGUUAAAAUAGAUAAUGCUGGUUUUACGCAUACACACACGACACCAACGCACAGUAUUGUAGACCAACCGUCGCUGGUUCCAGAAAAACCAGAAAGCAAAUUCUUCCCGAUUUGCCAGAAGAUUUUUCCCAAAAAUGCCAAGACGUCGCUGUUCAUAGUAACCAGCUUCGUCUACGCCAAACUCCUAGUCGUCAUCUGUAUCGCCUACGUCAUUUCCGACCUCGUCACGCACAACAUUCCCCUCUACUACUACGAAGGUUUUUUCACCUACCUCUACGGAUUGAGCAUCCUUUUCCUGCUCUACGUUUUCUGCUUCCUGCUGCAAGAGAGCUCUUGUUGCACCGGCACCGAGAAGCAACCGAAACCCGUCGCUCGGAACAAGGCGAAAGAAAAGGAAGCGAAGAACAAGAAGGAAAAGGAGGAGAAGGAAAAGAAGAAAAAGGAGGCGGAGGCGCAGAAAAAGGAGAAAAAGAAGGAGAAAGAUAAGAAGGAUAAGAAGCAGGAUAAGAGCACCUACCGGCGCAACUCUGAAGGGGUGGUUGACGCAGGCCUGGCAGCCGUGCCGGUGCCUGUAGAAGAAAUAACUCAAUCUCAAGCUGCUACUGUUGUAUCGCAGGAACAGACUCCUGCGGCACCAGCUGCUCCUGCUGCUACGCCGGCUGGUCAACAGGCUGGCCGUCAGUCAACUCCCGCCGGAGACUCUGACACAAUUGAAUGUGGAUCGGAUGGUAAGGGAAAGUGCAAGCGCAAGACGUCGCAGAACGAUCACAGCCAUGGUAGCUUCUUCUUGAGGAUUGGAGCCAUAGCUUUUGGUUUGGGGACGAUGAUCUACAUUGGAUUGGAGUUCGGAUUGUUUUUCGAAGUCCCCUUUACCUCGCCCUGCUACAUGAUCUUAAGAGGAAUAAAUCCUGUUUUACAGAUGAUAUUCACCUUCAUGCAAAUGUAUUUUAUUUUUAUGAACUCACGGCUCAAUAUCCACCGUUUCAAAGUUAUAGCUCGAUUUGGUUUGAUGCACAUUGUUGCUACAAAUAUAUGUGUAUGGAUAAGAACCUUUUUUAUAGAAUAUUUGAAAGAUAUUACUAAAUAUCAUGUGAGAUAUUUCAAUGGUACCAAUUUGACUACUGAAUCGACAUAUGCAGAAAAUAUUAAAUCCCACAAUCUGCGAAACGCAAACACUGUCCUCGGGCUUCGCAAAGCAGUUCCAGACAGAAUACCACAAACCAGUACAACAACCGCCUGGCCAAUAACCAGUACCGUAGCAACAUUUUACAAUAGAUUCAUCACCACCUUAAGACCUACCCCACGUAACCCAAACUCAUGGGCGUUCCCGUCACCGACUCCAGCUAAGAAUUUUACGGGAAACCAGUGGAGGAUAACACCGACAACCACAUCUACAACAACCACAACCACUUUACCCACCACCAUGUCGAGAUUUACGCCGAGAACGACGAUAUCUAGAAUGUGGAGAGCGAUUUCUACGAGCCUAAGUAGCACCUCCACUACCACUAGUACCACCACCCCGAGCACAACAACAGCAACAACCAGUACUACACCUAGCACGACCGCUUCGUUUUUUACCACUUCAAGUACCACCACGUCGGCUAGACCUACUAUGUCAUUAAACAGUUUCUUUGAUUCUAGUCUAGUACGCAGCAUUACUGCUGACAAUAUUAACAGUGCCUCUGAAAACAAAGCAGCAGAACUGUUUCCAGAACUUAGCAAUACACUUUCGUCCAAUAAUGAAACCGAAUUCCUGAAUGACAUCAUUCCUCAGGCAUUUUCGUUUUAUUCUUCGUACAAUGGAACAACAAACAGUUCCGAUAACUGUGGCAGACUGAAUAUUAUGGGAACAAUCGUAGAAGAGUCCGGACCUUAUCUAUACCCAUUCAUCAUCGAAUUUUCUCUUAUCGGCGCAGCCGUCAUUUACGUCAUGUGGAAGCAUAUUGGCAGGAAUCCCAAAUAUGUCAACCAAGAAAAUCUCGAACAUCGUCUAGAAAUCAUGUUGUCUCGUAGAGCCGUAGCUCUAGCUCAAGCCCAACAACAAGGUAGAGUCGAUUGCGUCGGAGCGUCCAAAGGUCUUUUCUUCGGGCUUCUAAUGCUAGUCGGUUCAUUGAUAUGCCUGAUCCUAUUCUUCGUCUUAGUGUCGAAUGAUACUUUCAAGCUAUUGGCCGUCUAUUUAGCCGAAGUGUCCCACUGUGCAUUGCUGGUGCUAAGCAUUAUAGCUAUACUGAUUGGAUUUAUAAGGGUGAAAUCACUGAAAUUCAAAAAAGAAGAACAUAGUGACUUAAACGACAUAUUGCUAAGAAUCUCGGCUUUCGGACUCUUUUUAUAUGCAGUUUUUAGUGUGAUCGCUGGUCAUAAAAAUGCAUUUUCAGAAGAAGCUAAUCUACUAACUAUGAUCACAGGACUGCUCGUCGUUUUCCAAGUAAUUUUACAACUCCUCUUCAUCGCUGACGUCUCUCGCCGCAGAGUCCACCUUCCAGAACAUGACAGAACAAAACCCGGCCGACAAGUGGUCACCUUCUUACUCAUUUGCAACAUCACAAUAUGGAUCAUCUACACUUUCGAAAUGCGAAAAGUCGAGAACAAUCCGGUUCAGCUGAAAUAUUACGGUUACCUCACUUGGUCGAUGGUUCAAAGAUUAACACUGCCCCUUUGCAUUUUCCAUAGAUUCCAUUCGGCAGUCGCACUGGCCGAAAUCUGGAAGACCAGCUACAAACCGCGUCUAGAAUGAGGAGAGUUAGUUAAAUAAUUUUUAAUAAUUGAAAGAAUGCCGAUUCUUAAUCAUUUGAGUUCGUAACUUGAAGCAAACACAUGCUCAUUAAGUCAAAAAAAUGGUACGUACUUAUUUCAUUGGAAAUAAACAGCGAUUAUCUGGGAUAAGAAUGGUAAAGACGGUAUCAAAACUCGAAAAUAGGGCUCAUUUUUUAAAUAUAUUUAUUUUCCAAAUUAUUUAUCCAACUGCUCAAUGAAUUUCAGAAACUGCUCUAGUUCAUAGGCUCAAAUCUACAAAAUAGCUCACCUGGUGAAGCUUUUCUAUGCUGCUUAAAACGAUUAACACAUAUCUCAGUACUAUUUGGCAAUUUUUAACCAAGCAAUACAAAAUUCUGAAGAUAUUAGGUCUCAGAUUUAGCAGAUUGCAGAAUUUUGAACAUGAAAUCAGGACAAAAAUUGAACAAAAAAUUUCCACACAUCUCAAAUUUAAAUGUUUUUGAAUAAAAAACAUGUAAUAGACGAUUAUCGAAUUUUGAAAGACAUUCUUACAAAUUUGGAUUUAAAAUAAGCCCAUUACAAGUUGCCGAAGGAAUCUCUAGAGGUGUUGAAGAACUUACUGGGGUCGAAGAAGUCUCUACAGAUGUUGAAGAAGCCUCUAGAGCUGCUGCAAACGUAUUAUUACACUGAGGAACUGAGAAAGAAUGAUUAAUGAUUUAAAAUUAAUAAAAGCUUGUAAUUAUAUCAUUGGAAAUGAUUUAUCUGAUGAAUAGUGAGGCUAAGUUUAGCAGAUUCUGGAAUUCAGCGGUAAGUAGGAAGUCUUGGAAGUUUGAGAGUAGUCUUAAGUUCGAUUGUGUGAGUUUCCUUUUCGGUUUUCGAAAGAGCAGGGAGGAAGUGUAGGCGCCAAGGGGUUUGUAAAGUGUUUUGGGAGAAUUUCAGAAUAUGGAGAUGUUUGUGGAUACAUUUGCUGGGAGUUUACUGCAGUGACCGCAGUAGUGCAAAGAGAGGAGGUUGCGUCCUAAAUGAAUAAUUGAUCAGGUCUGAAACCAUGUUUGCAUUGAGGGAUUGUAUUUCGUUCUUUACAGAAGCCCAAGGUGCUUUCCUUGGGCGGAAGUUCAAGGAGUUUACGUAGUACUGAUAUGAUAGAGACGGUAUGAAUCCAAGGAUUUGGGGUCAUUGCCUGGUUUAGUAAUCAAAAUGGUGUUAGCGGAUUUCCAGGCAAGUGGAAAUAGGAGAAGGAGACAGGCAUUUAGGAGUAGGGUGAGGAUAGAAAACAUGGUUUCAGGAAGGUGUUUCAGCAUUUUUGUACGUAUGGAAUCGCGCCGAGAGGCUGUGUUUUUGGAUGUCUUGGAAGGUGAAGAUAAGAUAAGACGUGAUCAAUUAAAGUAAACAUUAAAUUCUUUGUUGAUGAUCAAUUAGUAUGAUUAUUGUCACUUAGGUAUAUUGUUAAUUGUUUUGAGCAGUAAUUUAAUACAUCGAGACAGGAAGUCAUUUUUAAAAUCAAUCAACUCUAUGUCUUCCUUUAAUAUAAUAUAACGACUCAAUUUAAAGUAGUUUAAAACAAAAUAAAAACGUAUUGACAUUGACAUGAAAUGCUUUACGAAAUAGAAGAACUUACGCCAUUUUUACAUUUUGGUAACUUAUUAAAAAUGCACUGAUUGAUAGCAUGUGAUUGCCCAUUAUUUAAAUAGACUUUUUAAAAGAAGAAAAUGGUUUGUCGAUACACACAAAAAUCCUGAAAGUCGACAAUGCAAUGUUUUUUACUGUGAGACCAAUUUUUACUAACUUCAUUCUUAAGUACACCACUCACGUCAUUAAGUCAUUGCCCCUCCCUCCUCCUUCGGUUGGUUUAUGCGAGUUACUGAGUUCGUCUUGAAGUUAUUUAUCUGUUUGGGUAAUUUUUAAAUGUACAGCAGACUGUUAAAUGUCAGAUGUCAAAUUUUGACUAAUUCCGCAAUGUAUGACCAAUGAACUGGAGUGGGGUAGAAUGUUUGUUAAAUGGCUUGAGAUGCGACUCUAUGGACGCAGCUAUAUUAUUUUUCAUCUCACUUGGGAGUAUUUAUA